AUGUCCAAACCUCUGAGUGGUGCUCAGAAGCGGAAAAAGAAGCAGGAGUUGGAGGAAAAAAUAUGUAGAAUUCCAAAAAUAACUGGCUUUCUUUUACCUACAAGUGGAUCUUCUGCACAGCCUUCUGCACAGCCUUCUGCGUGUGGAUCUUCUCAAGAACAUGCUAGUACAUGUUCUCAGGAAGAGAUUCCUCCUCAAAGUGUAUCUGAAUAUGGCUCUGAAACCGACACAGUGGAUUCUUCUGAUCAGCCCAUGCCACUAGAAACCACUCCAGUUCCCAUGGAAGUUGAGAAACCUAGCUUCCAUACUGCUGAAUCAGUUGAUAUACUGCCAGAAUCCAUGGAAAAGUCAGGUUUCCUAACUGAAAUUGGUUUGUGGCCCAACUCAUCUACUCUGGAGAUGUGGGCGUAUUGGUCCAAAAAUGGAAAUUCGUCAGUAAGGAAACCUCCGGAACAACUGCAAAAUGAAGGAUUUCCGAAAUCAUUUAAAGAUGGACGUUGCUGUACAGCAGAUAUGUUUCUUUGUAAAUAUCCCAAUGGGGACAAAGUUGAACUGAAGUGGCUUUGUUACUCAAAUAGCAGAGGCCAAAUAUACUGUUUUGACUGCAAAUUAUUUAGUUCAUCAACAAAUGCAUUUUCCAGUGAUGGCUUCAGCGACUGUAAACAUGCCAGUGAACGAAUUUCAUCCCAUGAACAGUCUCAACAUCAUAUACGCAUUGUGAUUGAUACAGCCAAAUUUUCAAAACUAGAAGGUAGGAUUGACUAUAAAAUGCAACAGCAGAUUGAAGACAUGACCACCUAUGGGCAAAACCUAGUAAAAUGUUUGCUUAGUGUCACCGUUUUUCUUGCUGAGAGAGGAUUGGCUUUUAGAGGUGAUGAUCAGACUAUUGGAUCCCCACAUAAUGGCAACUAUCUCGGUAUUUUGGAAUUGCUGUCAGAGUAUGAUGCUUUCCUAGCACAACACAUCCAAACAAAGGCAAACAAAGGCAAAGGAUGUACAAGUUAUUUAUCAGCAAAUGUCUAUGAGGAAUACAAAUUACUGGGGAUAAGAUCUUAGAAGUUGUCAUCAACCGUAUUAAAAUGGCAAAAUACUACUCUGUUUCUGUGGAUUCAGCGGAAGAUUCUUCGCAUAUUGACCAACUCACAGUGAUUUUUAGAUACUUAGAAGAAAAUCUUAACUUAUUUACCCUCAACAGGGCAUAAAGCUCCUAGCAUUUCUUAAUACUGUUGGACUUACCAUACAAAAAUGUUGUUACGGCAAUGCAAGCAACAUGUCUGGCCACUACAAGAGUAUGCAAGCAAGAAUUAUUAACAUUAAUAAAUAUGCUAAGUACAUACCUUGUUUUGGACACACAUUAAAUCUUGUCGGAACGGAUGCUGCAAAUUCGUGUAUUGAGGCUGUAAGUUUUUUUAAUUUUGUACAAGCUCUUUAUACAUUCUUUAGUGGUUCAACUCGACGCUACAAGAAGCUUAAAGACAAGCUUGACGAGAAAGGCCUCUCUGUGUCCAUGCCAAAAAAGCUAAGUGACACACGCUGGUCAUGUUGAAUUUUCAACUGACAUUGAAGAAAAUUCUGAGUGCCGUAAUACAGCAAAGGGACUAUUUUAUCAGAUAAGCAAACUUGAGACAGGGAUUUUUGCAGAAUUCUGGAACACUGUUUUGCAGCGUUUUGAAAUCGUUAAAAGAUUUUAUUAAUGAACAGCAUACUAAAUUUGAUGCAUUUGAAGAAGCUGGCAAGCGUCUAACAGAUACUGAGGAGUAUAUUGUGGGACACCGCCGUCAUCAACGUCGGAAUGUCCGUCAACAGCCUCUUGACUAUGGACACAGUGAAGAAGCUCAAUUAAUGCCAAAGGAGGCCUUUUAUGCUAAGGUCUUUCUCCCGUAUCUUCACAAACUUUUAACGUGUCUGGAACAUCGUCUAGGAGCCUACAGUGAAGUGUGUGAUUUAUUUGGUUUCUUUAUAAACUUUCCAACAAUGGACUCUGAAUCCAUUAAAAUUGCAGCAGGAAAGUUGUCUGCUUUCUACAAGCAAGAUCUGGGCACAACAUUUGGUGAUGAGCUAAUUCAAUUUCAGUCAUUAAUUUCUCUUUUCCUGGAUGAAAAACCAGACGAUUGCAGCAUAGAGCAAUUCAUGUACAGUACAAUUAAUAACAAAGAUGUAAGAGAUACUUUUCCCAACACGGAAAUUGCUUUAAAAAUCUACCUUACUUUAAUGAUCACUAACAGUUCAGGUGAACGAUCUUUUUCAAAAAUGAAAUUGAUAAAAAACUUACAACGCACAACCAUGAGCCAGAUCCGUCUCACCAAACUAUCUAUAAUGUCUGCUGAAUCUGAAAUACUUCGCGGUCUUGAUUUUUUAAACAUCACAAAGACCUUUGCUGCUCAGAAAGCACGUAGACUCAUUGGUUAA